CUUCUUUGUUGGUGUCGUAGAAUUAGAAAAGAAGUUCCCAGAACUUUUAUAAAAUUAGGGUUCCACAAUUCUCUUUUCCCGAAGAAAAACUAUAUCCUCCGACAACGUUCAAUUAACUUUUUCACAUCUCCGGUGUCGAAGUCUCCGGCGAGGCAAACCACAGUCGCUGUAUCCGUGAUUUGUGUUCGUCUUCUGAACCAAAAAUCGAAACUGAUUUCUGGUUAUGGAUUCUUCUAGCAGUAAGCGCAAUUAUCCACGACUACUAUACAAAAAGGGCAAAGCUCCUAGUCAGCAGAAGAGUAUGAGCUAUUAUAGCUAUUUGUCAAAUUUUCAAAUGGUAGAAGUAGGUGUAGGACUUGAUGGAUGGGAUGCGGUAAAGAAGUCUGCAAUUGGUGUAUUCCCUAAGUUUUAUGAGCUCAAAUUCACAUGGUGUGCGAAGGUUGUCCAUCACCUAUUAACGCAUCAGAUUCGAGUUAAGAAGAAUUAUGAGAUAUGGUCAUUGAUUGAUUGGCAGCCCAUUCGUCUCUCUUUGAUUGAAUUUGGUACGAUCACAGGGAUGAACUGCGAACCGUUUCGAGAAGACGAUGUUUGUGAUGUUGAUCAUACAGAAUUUUGGAAAGAGAUGGGGGUUUCUCCAGCUGUUGGUCCUAACCUUGUCCAGCUUCAGUUGGUAUUGGAAAGAUGCAAAAAUUGGAGUCUCAAGAAGAGGACAAUGGUGGGGUUGUUAUGCGUUCUUCAUCUUGCUGUCUAUGGAAUUGCUCCCACACGUCAUAUUCCGUUGGAGUGUGCAAAGAGAGUCCUUGAUUAUGAAGCUUUCCAGAGAUACCCGUGGGGUCGAGUAGCGUGUCAGAGUUUGAUAUACUCUGUUAAGUGUGAUGAUUUUAGUGCGAAGGAAUCUUAUACAAUGGGAGGGUUCAUUUUCAUAUUACAGAUUUGGGCAUAUGAGUCAGUUAUGGGCUUAGGAGAGCUUUACGGGAAUAAAAUCAGUGGUGCAGAAUUGCCUCUUCUUUCAUGGAGUGGAUCCCGUACGCGAUUUAAAUUCGAAGACUUUUUCAGGCAGGAGAAAGAACAUCACAAAGAUAAGGUGCGUGUUAGGAAUUUUAUCACACAAACAGAUGGAGAGCUUACACCUCAGUGGGAUGACGACGUUGAUGAUGAUGAUGUAAAAAACUUAGUUCAUGAUAUCAGUCACAAUUGUAUAGAUCGUGGAUUUUGGGAUGUCAAUGAAGAGCCUCCAGCUAUUACAAGGAAGAAACGCCCUAAAUCUGUUCCUGAGACUGAUGUUGACAGUUCUAAAAAGAAGAAGGCUACUGAUACAAAAACGGUUGGAGUUGAAGAAGACUGUGAGGUGCUAAAGAAGGAAGAAACUCAAAUGAACCAGCUUUCUGCCUUGAUGAAGGCGUUGACGGGAAAACUUGAUAACAUGGAUACAUCGAUCGAAGCAAAGAUUGGCGUUCUUCUUGCUCCUAUAAACGAGAAGUUGGCAACAAUGGAGAAGGACCUUGAAAAGCUGAAAGAAAAAAACGUAGCUGAUGACCGAAAAGAAGAUGCAAAUUCCAAUGUUAAUGAAAGCGCUGAAGUAAAUAGCAAAGAAAUGUCUUGGAUGGUGGAGAUCAAUUCUAUGUCGCAUGAUGGUUUACCUGCUCAGCGCGUUGUCAAGAAAGCAAGGAAGGCAAGCCAAAAAUGUGAAGAUAUAGGAGUUGACAAGAUAAAAGUUUCUGAUAGGAAGGUUCUGAAAACCAAAAUACAAGUUCCACAUUUACUCGAUAACGCCUCAGGGGAUGAAACAUUGUCUGAUCCAGUGCAGCGUGAAAAGGCUAGAGAUCUCACUGAUCGUUUAGAUGCCAUUGCUGCCUUCGCUAGAAAGAUGAAUAAGCCUACAUCUCCCACACCUUGCUCACCUCCACACAAACGCCAAACUAAGCUAGCAUCGUCUCAGCUAUUUCCUUUCGUAGGAAAUUCUACCGUGAAGCGCAUCAUCACAGGUGUAACACCAUCUGUCUCAGCAUAUGAUCCGUUUGCUGAUGUUGACAAUGAUAAAGUGAGGAAUUUACUGCAUUUUCUACUGGAUGAUGAGAAGGAGUCGGACAGAACCUGUACUAAUAGUACAGAAUUCUAUAAAGUGAUAAUAACUCCAAGAAAUCAGUGGAGUACAUUUGACUAUGGCUGGUUGACUAACAUGCAUAUGUGGUCUGCAAUGAAGAUGUUCUAUAAGAGAUCACUUUGUGAUCCUUCGCCAUACCAUUCUCAGCGCAUUGUUUUCUUGGAUCAGUGGGUUGUCACCAAAAUUGUCAAUGAUUUCAGAGAGUUCAAUCCUAAGACAUGGAAACCGACAGAUACAUAUAAGGGUAUCUUCAACGGUACGUAUCCAGCUGACCGAGUUACAAACAAGAAGUGGCUUCACGAUAUUGAUCAUCUAUAUGCAUGUCAUUUUGUAAAUGGUAAUCACUGGGUUGCAUUGGAUAUUGACUUGGUGAAAGAGACCAUUUCCGUUUAUGACAGCAUUCUGACUGUAAUAGAUGAGAAAGAAAUUCGAAAUGUCUGCCGGCCAUUUUCGAAGAUGAUUCCGUCCAUCCUGAGUGCUAUGGUUCCUGCCACUGUUCGGAAGAAGAGUGAAAAGCAAUUCAGUGUACGAAGAUUGAAAAACGUUCCACAGAAUGACCCCCCAGGAGACUGUGGUGUCUACACCAUAAAAUACAUUGAGUGUCUUGCGAUUGGUUGCACAUUUGAAGGGUUACGUGACGAAAACAUUCAGGAGAUUCGACGGAAGUUAGCUGCUGAGAUUUACGAUGCUGUUGGACAACCUCAAAUCACUCAUUUAUUUCCUGAGUUACCAAAGUAGUAUAUUCAGUUCUUAGUGAACUUCUAGUCUUUAUCAGCUUUGCAAAUUGCCACAUUUAUUUUUAGCAUUUUAUUUCCAGCACUUAUUUUCUUAGUGAACUUGUAGUCUUAUUGUGUUAUUUGCCACUUUUAUUCUUAGUAGUUUAUUUCCAUGCACUUA